AUGGAUCCCAAGGUUUCUGCGGAGCUUUCAAAACUUGAUGCUCGCGUACCAUUCCGUGCGUCGACUUCUCACCUGCAUCAUACCUGGGCUAAGACAUUCUAUUCACGACCGGAGCUCUACAUUCAGCCUGAAUCGGUAGAAGAAAUUCAAAAGGCUGUCACCCUGGCCAGAAGAUGUCGUCGCCGGUUAGUCGUCGUCGGUUGUGGCCACUCACCGUCAGACCUGACAUGUACCUCAUCUUGGAUGAUAAAUUUGGACAAAUUCAACCGUAUCCUAUCAGCAAAUCAAGAGACUGGGGUUGUCACUUUUGAAAGUGGAAUCAGUCUUCACGAUCUAGGAGUAGAGCUGGGAAAGAUGGGACUUUCGCCUCCCAAUCUAGGAAGCAUUGACAAUCAAUCCAUUGCCGGAGCAAUCUCUACUGGGACUCAUGGCAGCUCACUCAAGCAUGGUCUUCUGUCACAGUCAAUCAGCUCCAUAUCGCUAGUCCUAGCAAACGGCCACCUUGUACGCUGUAGUGCCGCAUCAAACCCCUCACUAUUUCGUGCAGCCCUCCUAUCUCUUGGUGCCAUUGGUAUCAUCACCGAAAUCACAUUCACAGCAGUGCCAGAUUUCAACCUUGCCUGGGAACAGUCAUUACAUCCUCUUACUGAAGUUUUGGAAACCUGGGACACCACACUUUGGACAUCUGCCGAGUAUUCUCGAGUCUGGUGGCUGCCGUACAUGAAGCGAGCUGUUAUCUGGCGAGCAAAACAGUCCAACGGACCUUUAAGUCCUCCAAAGAAGAGCUACUACGGUGGCAAGCUGGGUUUUCAUACCUACCACAAUCUGCUAUUUCUGUCGCAUUAUAUACCAAGACUCCUGCCCUGGGUCGAAUGGUUCGUCUUUGGCAUGCAAUAUGGUUUCAAGCCAGGAAAAGCUACUUCCAUGGCUGUUCAACCGGCUCGUGAAGGGUUGCUCAUGGAUUGCCUUUACUCACAAUUUGUGAAUGAGUGGGCCCUGCCACUGGAUAAAGGUCCUGAAGCACUCACACGGCUAAGUGCUUGGAUCAAUGGCGACCAUACGAUAGCACAAAUACCUGUUCCAUCGAAAGGAAUCUGGGUCCAUUGUCCGAUAGAAGUCCGUGUAUCUGACACUACAACUAGCCGAAACGCCUCCGGUACACGGCCUUUCCUUGACCCGACUUGUGCUCAGGGACCAACUCUAUACCUUAAUGCAACGCUGUACAGACCCUACGGCAGAGAUCCUCCAUGUCGACUAAGAUAUUAUGAAGCGUUUGAAUGGCUGAUGCGACAUCUGGGAGGCAGGCCUCAUUGGGCCAAGAAUUUUACAGAAGACAGUAGCAAAGAAAUUCCACAAAUGUAUGGUGAUAACAUGAAAGAGUGGCUAAAAGUCAGGAAAGACUCAGACCCGGAUGAGAUGUUCGUUGGAGAAUGGCAUCGGCGUAAUCUUCCAUUGGGCCAGCCGGGCGAAAGCUCCGUUGCCGAGCGGGAGAAAGAGCGUAAGCCGCUAGGACAAGGCGAUGCAAUAGAAUGGGUUGGGCAAAGGGCUGUGCCAUUGCAAGUCAAAGAGUCACAAGAGAUAGACGCCUUUCAAGGUUCGAGCCCAAGCCCUCCAAUGACAGCUACGAGCGAGGAAAGCUUCGACUACCUAGCGAAAGGAGAAGCUAGCAUGCUCAUGUCGAGGGUCGGCGAGUACGAUUCUUCAUAA